AUGGUGCGGACAUUAGGACGUAAACUAAGCUGGCCAAGAUCUUUCAGUUUUAGAAAGAUGUUCGAUGGUCGCAACUCUGGACACUCAUCCUUCUCUUCUCGUGGAGAUGGCAUGCAUACACCCGAGCGCGAACUUGCCAUACAUGGAAUGGACUCUGAACCAUCCACCCGUAGAGGCAAGCAAAAUAAGAGAUCAGACAUGGAAGUGAUGAAGGAAAGAUUCGCAAAACUGCUGCUUGGAGAGGACAUGUCAGGCGGUGGUGAAGGGGUGACCUCUGCGUUAGCUUUGUCAAAUGCCAUCACCAGACUCGCAGAUUCAAUGUUUGGGGAACAGAUGAAACUACAGCCUAUGUAUCCUGAGACAAAGGAGAUUUGGAGGAAAGAAAUGGAUUGGUUAUUGUCUGUGAUUGAUCACAUUGUCCAGUUUGUUCCUUCCAAACAAAUGGCCAAAAAUGGCCAAUUCACUGAGAUCAUGGUGACAAAACAAAGAGAUGACUUGCUGACAAACAUUCCAGCCUUACGCAAGCUUGACUCGGUUCUUCUCGAGACUUUGGACAACUUCAAGGAUCAGAAAGACUUUUGGUAUGUGCCAAGAGAUAUUGAGGAUGCAGAUCACAAUGGAGAUUGGAGGAGGCCUGAUGAGAACUGGUGGUUACCAGUUGUUAAGGUUCCAACAGAUGGUUUGUCUGAGGAAUCACGUAGAUGGUUACAAAAUCAGAAAGAUUCUGUGGCACAAGUCCUUAAAGCUGCCACGGCAAUCAAUGCUCAUGUACUAUCUGAAAUGCACAUUCCUGAUAACUACAUUGACUCUCUUCCUAAGAAUGGGAAGACAAGCCUUGGUGAUUUCCUUUACAAGAGCAUAACAGAGGAAUCCUUUGAUCCUGACUACUUCAUUUCUUUCUUGGAUUUGUCAACGGAAUACAAAGUGUUGGACUUAAAGAACAGGAUUGAAGCUUCCAUGGUGAUAUGGAAACGGAAGAUGUGCCAGAAGGAGAAAGACGGGAAAUCGCAGUGGGGGUCAACUGUUAGCUUAGAGAAGAGAGAGCUUUUCGAGGUCCGAGCUGAGACCAUAUUGGUUAUGCUCAAACAACAGUUCCCUGGGAUCCCACAAUCUUCACUCGAAAUCUCCAAGAUUAAAAACAACAAGGACGUGGGACAGGCGAUAUUGGAGAGCUAUUCAAGGGUAUUAGAAAGCCUGGCUUCAAAGAUAAUGUCAAGAGUAGAGGACGUUCUUGAAGCUGACAGGCUAGUUCAAAGACAGCUGAUGGGAGAGGCAGAGACAAGAUCAGAAAGCGAGGCAGAGCUAGAAUUUGAAGAGAACGAAAAAGUGGUUGGGUCGGAAACACCAAACUCGAGGAAACUAUCAGACUUCAUAGGGUGGAGAUUGUCAUCUGACACUAAGAAGCAUAGUUCGAUGAGUGAUAUAGAAUUCUUCCACAGAGUUGAGGAGGCAAAGGAGAAGCCAAUAAUGAUGAUGAAGUCCCCAAGAGCUCUACCUAAGAAAUAUUCAUAUCUAGCAAAGUUAGAGAACAUGAGAAGCCCGAGUGACAGACACUGAUCAUAGUGAGAAGAGGUAAUAGAACAAGGCAUAUAAUAGAAAAACAAAAACAAGAGAGAGUGAGAGAGAGAGAGAGAGAGAGGAUGUGUACAUAUAAUAUAACAAUGCAGGCAUUGGUAUUUAGGAUUUGGGAACAUGAGUGUUGGUGUUUGACGACAUUUGUGGUAGAGUCAGCUUCUUGUUGAUGAUCAUGUUUUCUUGCUUGUUGUUUUUGACUAAUUGCUUCCUGUUGUUUUUUUUCUCUAAAAAGGAAGUGUGAUUCAGUGUGAAAUCUGUUUUGGUUAUUUUGGU